CCUCCACAUGGUUCACUUCAUGGCACACGCAAUAAACAGCAGUCCUCUCGCGAAGAUGCCUGGCUCAAAUCAAAUCAAAUGCAAUAGACAUCUCGCUCGUGUGUAUAUAAAGGUCGGCGCUGGCCUUCAAGUUCUCCCAUCCAUUGCCAUCCAUCUCUACUCUCUAGUGUGAGCAGCAAUGGGGUUCAUUCACAAGGGUGGGGUUUGGUGGUUCCUCCUGCUCGCCGGGGUGCUGCUGGCUGCGGCGGCGGCAGCAGGCGCGGAGCAGGACGAUGGGGCGGUAGCCACUGCUGUCCCGGAGGUGGAGGAGGCGGAUGAGGCCCGUCUGCGCGUCGAUGAUCCGGAGGAGAACGACUCGUGCGACCUCAAGUGCCAACACCACCAAGUUCCGGCGAGGAAAAAGCAGUGCGUCGACGAGUGCCACAGCCGGGAGCAUCACCACCCCAGCAGAGCAACCACCCAAACCUACGUCCUCCAAGCGGGGCACCAGUCCGGGUGGUGCGAGGCACACAGAGCGGUUCCCUUGCGGGCGGUUGGACCUGAGCAGCGGCACGACGUUGUAGGUAUCGGGUGGGAGUACAUCAGCGGCAGCCUGGUGGAGACCAAGAAGACGACGAGCGGCGAGCAUGCCGGCCACGGAGGCGAGCUCGACGCACUGAAGCAGUAA